AUGUCCGUAUCUGAAUCAACAGCAAUUGGUACCACAUUAUUACGUGUAAGAGCCUAUUUAGUUGAUAAUUCAUUUAACAGUCAAAUAUCGUAUUCAUUACGUGGUGAUGAAACGAUAACAAACAAAUUUCAACUAGAUAAAUAUGAUGGAAAAUUAAUUUUAAAAUCAAUGCUCGAUUUUGAAACAACAUCGUUAUACAUAUUUACAAUUGAUGCAAAAGUCGAAUCCAUGCUACCGUCAUUUGUCGAAGUAACAAUUUAUGUUAUUAAUGUUAACGAUAAUCCACCGGAUUUAAAUGUCCUCUUUUAUCCAUCAGUAUCAAUUCAACAACCAUCAAAUAUUGCAACAAUUUUGUAUGAUUCAUCUGCUUCUUAUACACCAAUUUGUACGAUUAAUGUAAAAGAUAAAGACUAUCUAUCUACAUCGACAAUUGUCCCUAUUAAUUUAACUGUACAUUUAAAUAAUACUGACGAAUUUCAAUUACAAUUAGUUCGUUUAGGUGGUCCACGUAGUGGUGGAGAAGCCACGUACAUUCUAUCGACCAUUAAUACUAAACAACUUACUAAACAUAAUCUAAUUUAUCUUUCAAUUGAUGUUUGUGAUAAUGAUGAACCACCAUUAUGGACAAAUCGUUCAUUUGUAUUCCACUUAAUUCAAAAAUCAUCAGAUGAUUGUAAUAUUUUAUUUGAUAAACAAGAAUAUUUGAUCGAUAUAAAUGAAACAACACCGUUAAAUACACUGUUAUUACGUACAUAUGAGACAAAUUGUCAAAAUUCUAAUACUCAGUUUAAUUUAAAAAAUGAAAAUAUUUCAUUUCAUAUUGAUCAUCGAACCGGUGAAUUAUUUACAUCAAAAUAUUUUAAUAGAACAAUUCAAAGUAUUUAUCAAUUUCAAAUAUUAGCUAAUGAUCAACAACAUCAAACUCUUGCCAAUAUAACAAUUCGAAUUUUAGAUAAUAAUAAUCAUCGACCAUUCAUUAUGGAUAAAAAAGUUCUGCUAUUUAACUAUGUUACAUUACAAAAAAAUCAAUUUUUAUCAAAUUUAAAUAUUAUCAAUUUUUCUAAUAGUACUGGAUGUAAAUUAAAUCACGAGAAUUAUUAUUUUCAGUUAUUGUCAAAUUGUAGUGUAAAACUGUUGCCAAAUAGAAUACCAAUACCGGGAAAAUACUAUUUAAGCGUAAAAUUAGAUCAGAUAUUUCAAGAUACAUUUCUUAUUGAAAUUAUUGAAACAAAACAAUCAGAACUAUUAUCAAACGUAAAUAAUUAUUUAAAAUCACAAUGGAUAAUUAUUCUAGCUGCUAUACUAGCCUUUAUCUUUGUUUUAUCAACAAUGUUAUUGAUGAUACACUUAUUUAGAAGAAAACAUAAACAAAAAAUAUUAAAUAAAAUGAAUGAACAAUUAGAUUCGACAAAACAACAUCCAUUAGAUAAAUGUAUUAAUGAAAUUAAAAAGAAACAGAAACUAUCAGAAGCUAUUGGAACUCAUCACAAUAGUAAAUAUGAGACAGUUAAAAAUAAGUUACAAGUUCACGAUGAUCAACAAUUAUCAAAUAAUUCAGAUGAUAAUUUAAAAUCUUGUGCCACCAUCUAUUUAUUGCAACGAACAUCAACUCAACAACGAAUUUCUCCAUCAUCACAUAGUUCUUCCUCGGGAAACGAUAUUCAAACGUGUACUACUAGUGUACGUCUUGAUUUCGAUGAAGGCUAUGCAGGUAGUUCAGAGCUCGAACUUUCAGAUGGUGGUUCUACUGUAUCACCUAUGAAAUGGAUAAACAAAACAAGGAAUAUCGAACAAUAUCAAGUAUACGAAUUUCAACAACAACAAAAACAAAUGAUUGAUAUUAAACGAAUAAAUUUAUCAGCAACACACGAUGAAUCGUCCGUACAACAACAUUUGAAAAAUGAUGAUUAUAUGAGAAAAAAUGGUGUUCUUCAAUCAAAUUCAAGAUCGAAAAAUGUAUCACUUGUUAAUGCAUCUAUAUCGUCACAUAUUUCGCUUGUAUAA